AUGGGCUAUAUAGUGACCCUAGAGGUGCUGUGGUAUCUCCGUGGGGUUCAUGGAGUCUUUGUGGAGCUUUCGGUGUCUCCGUGGGGUCCCCUCUGGGGUCAGCAGGGCCCCCGUGGGACCGUGGAGAUGCUCAUGGAUUAUGGAGGUCCCCAUAGGGUCCUGGAGGUCCCUAUGGGGGCCAAGUGGACGGAGACGGAGAUCGAGAUGCUCCGGGCUUCGGUGAAACGCUUCUGCGAGGACCUGAACCGCAUCAGCGCCCUCAUCAAGGACCGCACGGUGGCGCAGAUCAAGGCGACGGCGAAGCGCAAGGCCUACGAGGACAGCGGGGUGCCCCUGCCCGCCGACUCGCCCAAGAAGGGGCCCCGCAAAAGCGGGCGCCCCCCCCGCCGCCGCCCCCCCCCGCCGCCGCCGCCGCUGCCGCGCCCCGCUGGCCGCCCCCGCCCCGGGGGGGGCCCUGCCCGACCCCCCCGGAAGAAGCAGAAGAUUUCAGACGUCACCCUGAGCGCCCUGAACGACUCGGACGCCAACAGCGACCUGGUGGACAUCGAGGGGCUCGGCGAGACCCCCCCCGCCAAGAAGCUCAACUUCGACCAGGACAGCCUGAACCUCGACCCGGGGCUGCUCGUCACCUCCGGAGACCUGGCCCUGCUGGCCCGCUGACCCCCCCCCCCCCACCCCGGGGACCCCCGGGACCCCCCUGAGCACCCCGCGGACCCCCAGGACCUCCCUGGGACCCCUGGGGACCCCCCCAAGCACCCCAGGGACCCCCAGGACCUCCCCGGGACCCCUGGGGACCUCCCCGAGCACCCCAGGGACACCUGGAGCUGCCCCUGCUGGCCCGCUGACCCCCCUGGGACCCCCCCCCCCCGAGCACCCCAGGGACACCUGGAGCUCCCCAGAGCACCCCAGGGACCCCCAGGACCCCCCCGAGCACCCCGGGACCCCUGGGGACCCCCCCGAGCACCCCAGGGACCCCCAGAGUUGCCACUGCUGUCCCGCUGACACCCCCCAAGCACCCUGGGGACCCCUGGGGACCCCCGGGAACCCCCAAACACCCUGGGAACCCCUGGGACCCCCCCAAGCACCCCGGGGACCCCCAGGACCCCCAAGCACCCUGGGGACCCCCCAGAGCUGCCCCUGCUGGCCCACUGACCCCCCCCCCAGGACAACCCCUGAGCACCCCAGGACCCCCCUGAGCACCCCGGGGACCCCGGAGCUGCCCCUGCUGGCCCGCUGACCCCCCCCCCAGGACCCCCUGAGCACCCUGGGGACCCCCAGAGCUCCCAGAGCACCCCGGGGACCCCUGGAGCUGCCUCUGCUGGUCCGCUGACCCCCCGGACCCCCAGGGUAACCCCCUGACCCCCAGACCCUCCGCAGAGCCACCCUGGGGUCCCCCUGAGACUCCCCUCCCCCCCAGCAGGGCCUCUUGGGGACCCCCCCCCAGACCCUCCUGGGACCCCCGGGUGUCCCUAGUCUGUGUCCCCGGUCACCUCGCACCCCCCUCCCUCCUUUCCCGGACUCCUGGGCCCCCCUGGGGGGACAGAGCCAGGUCCAGGUGUGGGGAAGGGCGGGGGGGGGGGGGUCUCAUUUGGGGGGCAGCACAGGGGACCUCCGGGGGUCCCCUCUCAUGUUCCCCCCCCCCCGUUUAUUCGGCUUAAUAAAGGUCCGGGACCCCCCCCGGCGUUUUCGGG